AUGGCAACUACUACUACUACUACACCCUUUCAUACAAAAGCUCCUUUCAACGUUAUAUCACCACAAAGUCCACAACUACAACAUCCACCACCAGCACAACCCGUACCACUGUUUUCCAAUCAUUCAAGACAACCCUUGGUGGCAAGGACAAAUUUAAACCAAUUCAGAUACUCGUCAAAAGAUAAUAAUAAUUUUCAGACCAGUAAUUUGACAACGGGGAAACUAUCAACGGAAGUACUUCCAUAUGAUCACCGGUGUGUUUUCCCAUUCAAAGAAUUCAACGAUAUGCAAUCAAAAUCGUUCCACACAGUUUACAACUCGCUGUCAAAUUGUGUUGUGAGCUCACCUACUGGAUCAGGAAAAACGGUACUUUUUGAAUUGGCGAUCUUACGAGAGUUGUCAAAUUGUCCUUCAGAACCAGACUUCAAAGUGCUUUAUUUGGCACCCACAAAAGCAUUAUGUAACGAAAAAUUAGAGGAUUGGAACAAAAAGUUUGCUCAGUUAAAUGUCACUGUCGGUAUACUUACUGGAGAUAGCACUUUCAAAGAAGCCGAGAAUGUAAGAAAAUCGACCAUAAUAAUUUCCACACCUGAAAAAUGGGAUGUGAUAACAAGAAAAUGGAAAGAUUAUUCUAAAUUAUUUGGAUUAAUAAAAUUGUUAUUGGUGGAUGAGAUUCAUAUUUUGAAAGAUCUAAGAGGGUCAACUUUAGAAGUGGUGGUUACAAGAAUGAAAAGAAUAUGCAUUGGGUUGAGAAUAUUAGCUAUUUCUGCUACAGUUGCUAAUGCAGGAGAUAUUUCCAAAUGGAUCAAAUUGGCUGAUGAAUCAACAUUACCAGCUGAAACUUUAUGCUUUGGUGAAGAGUAUCGAGCUGUGAAAUUGUUUAAAAUUGUUUACGGAUACAAACCAACUAGUGAAAACGAUUUCCAGUUUGACAUACAUUUGAAUUCAAAGCUAAUUGAGGUCAUCAAUACCCAUUCUAAAGGAAAACCAGUGUUAAUUUUCUGUCCUACUCGAAAUAGUAGUCAGGGAACAGCCAAAUUCUUGUACAACAAUAUGACAGGUAUUGCAUCUGAUGUUCAACUAAAAUUAAAAGACCAUGAUGAUGCUACAUAUGCCACAAAAGGAAUAGCAUAUCAUCAUGCUGGAUUACAUUAUGCUGACAGAAAACAAAUUGAAAACUCUUUUUUGAAUGGAGGAUUGAAAGUACUUUGCAGCACAUCAACUUUGGCUGUGGGAAUUAAUUUACCUGCUUAUUUGGUUAUUAUAAAAGGAACUAAAUGCUGGGCGGAAAAUUGCUUCCAGGAAUAUUCUGAAACAGAUAUUUUGCAAAUGGUCGGACGGGCUGGUAGGCCCCAGUUUGAAAGGGAAGGAGUUGCAGUGAUCAUGACAUCAGCUAAAUUAAAACAGAAAUAUGAGCGCUUAGUCAAAGGCACAGAGAAAGUUGAAAGUAGUCUUCAUUUAAAUUUUGCAGAACAUCUAGCAGCUGAAAUUGCUGUUGGUGUUAUUAAAAAUGUUGAAGAUGCAUUGAUUUGGUUGCAAACAACAUACCUUUAUGUGAGAUUCAUGUCGAAUCCGAGUUAUUAUGUGCUACAAAUUCCCAAAAGUUCCGACCUUAAGGAAACUUUGACCGAUUUUUGUCGAAAACAAGCCGAUUCAUUGUAUCAGGAAAAGAUAAUCUUUAUGGAUGACUUAUACAAUUAUAAGAUAUCACCUUAUGGAUAUUCCAUGACAAUGCAUUACGUGUCUUUCGAAACGAUGACAAAAAUGAUUCAAUCAGGAUUGAAUUUAUCUAUUAGUGAAAUAUUGGAUGUGAUUACAAAGUCAAAAGAAUUUUCCGAUCUAAAGUUGAAGCAACAAGAGAAGAGAUUAUACCGAGAGAUUAAUAAUUCCCCAAUUCUCAGAUACCCUUCGAAACUGAAAGAGCUCUCCCAUUGCGACAAAGUAAGCUGCAUUAUUCAGUUUGAAUUGGGAGGUUUAGAGUUCCCCACUUAUAAUGGUGCAAUGAAAUUGCACUCUAGUUUUUUGGGCGACAAAUUUUAUGUUUUCAAGCACAUAUAUCGAUUAAUGAUGGCGCUUUUAGAAGUAUGUGUGGAAAAGAAGGAUGCGGUAUCAUUAAGAAGUGUGAAUUAUUUGUUGAGAUGUAUAAAUGGGAGAUGCUGGGAGGAUUCACCGAAUGAACUUCGUCAGUUAGAUGGAGUAGGUCCCGCCAGUGUCAAAAAGUUUUGCAACCAUAAUGUAUUAAGUUUAGAGGAUGCUAGGUCAUUAACAAAUACGCAAUUAGAAUAUUACCUUGGGUUGAAGACGGGAGGUGGUAGUAAGAUUAAAAAGAAUAUUCAAUCUUUACCUCAAUUGUGUUUGGACUUUGUAUUUGAUGAUGAAGAAUUGAGUGACAAUCGAGAUGAAGUUGUGGUUACUACUACAGUGACAAUAGAUGUUACCAAUGCCAAAUUGUCGUCAAAUUGGAAAAACAGAUUAGUUUAUAUACAUAUAAUUACCGAUACUUCUGAUGGUGAACUUUUGGAUUUUCGAAGAAUACCAGUUUGCAAGUUUAAGAAUUCGGGUCCUAAAUCAUAUCAAGUAAUGGCUAAGGUUAAAAAUCUUAACAUGACUAUUCACUGCCAAGCAUCUGCUGAUUGUAUUGCUAGUGUGAAAUCCAAUUCGAGUGUCUCCAUUCAUCCACAUUUAAGCCAAGACACAGCUAAUCGGUUUAUACACAUUAUUGAUGAUGAGCCAACCACGACGAUGUCAACUAUAGAUUAUGUGGGACAUGUAACAGCUAUCAGUGAUGAUGAUGAUGAUGAUGAUGAUGAUAUUAAGAAAUUGUUUGAAGCUGAUCACAAGCCUACAAGUAAUGUAUUGAAACUAGAUAUUAUUGAUUUAGAGAAUGAUCUAGCCAGUGAGAAAAACCACGACUUGGAGCUUCCCGCAACCCAAUCCAAGGUCCAAGAAAGUACCACCCAUCAACGGAAAACGCUACCUAACGGUAAUUAUGAGUGUAAUCAUGCCUGUAAGGAUAAACUGAAAUGUCGACAUUUAUGUUGUCGUGAAGGAUUACCAGUUAAAUCAAUCAAAAGAAAACAUACUGAAACCAAAGAUAAUAGUCCAGUUUUAGACACAAUCAAGGAUUUAAAUCAUGCUGAUAACAAAGUGGAAGUUGUUCUUAAUGAGGUUCGAGAGGUGGUGAAGCCCAAAGUAUUGAAUACAAAGCCAUUGAGAUUGAAGAAGACAAAGGCCGUAUUUAAAAGAACCCUAUUUGAUGACUCUGAUCCAGAAGAAAUGGACUCCAUUCAAGAAAUAAUUCAAGAAGUUCUGAAGAAGAAAUAUAAGAAGACUACAAGUAAAGUGUUUAGUAUUGAAAAUGUUGGUGAUCAUCGAGGAGAAUCGAGACAAGAAGAAGUAAAUUCAGAAGUGGCUGCUAUUCUUGAUAAAAGUAUAUUUGAUUAUACAACUUGCUUGGGAGAUGCUAAUCAAGAAAAUGAUUCAUUAUACAACCAUCAGGAGGAGGUUACUGUCCCAGUCAAAGAGAGUUUAGCCGAUACAAAAAUGUACCAUCAAUCUGAAUAUAAGGAAGAGAAUCAACUAAAUCAUACCUACAAUAAGGAUAUGUUACAGGGAAUUCUCGGAUUGGAUUUAGAACUAGAUUUAUAA